GGCAACCGACGUCACUGCGCAGUGCAUUCUGGGAUGUAAACAAUAGGGCGCCGCCAUAUUGUGAGGCCACCACACAAGCCGGUAACCAAAGAAACCAUACACAAUAGCGCAGUACACAAUGUAAGUAUAUAUAAGAAUGCUUAAAACUAGUUUAAAACAAGGUGGAUUGUACAGAGACAAACUCCUACCGGACGCCAAGAAGCGCUAUAUUGAAAAAAUCAACUUUAUUGGAAAUGUCGAUCCUUAUGAAGUCCCUACAGACCAGUGGAUCCGCGACCCUGACGCCUUACCUCCCAUCACGUUUCCUGAUAUUUUUACGUAUUUUGUUUGUGGUGUCAGUGCUUAUACUGCUGAGCAAUUUCGUAACUAUAAGUCUCUGGAAGCCCACGUUCAGUUUACUAAUGGUUGGGUACAUGACCUGGAGAGUUUUAAGCCUGUCAGCGGUGAAAACACUGUCGUCCGAACGAAGGUCAUGCACUCUCAGCGACUGAAUGAACCACCUUUAAAGCCAUGGGUGAUCAUCAGCAACAGUGGGAAGGUGGAGUGUGCACACUGCACGUGUAUGGCAGGAGUAGCGGAGACAUGUACCCAUGUAGGGGCUCUGUUAUUUAAAGUUGAGGCUACUUUUCGGAUUCGUGGGAAAAAAACUGUCACAGAUGUACCGGCAUACUGGGUUUUGCCCAGCAAUUUGAGCAAGAUUACAGCUGAAGUGGGAUACAAAAUUGACUACACCUCAUCUGCUAGGCAAAAAAAAAUGCUUGACCAGCGCAUAACUGCACCCUCCACUGCGCCAGGCAUAAGGAGUCGUGCCAAAAAAAGAAAAAUUCCCCAAGCUAAACUUGAUGAAUUGUCACGCCUGCUUGACACACUGCUGCAGCAUAGCAAGGCUGUUGGUUUGUCAGGGAUGAAUAAGUAUUACACAAUGUACACAGACACCGUACAGCCCUCUGCAGUGCCCGAAUGCCUUGCCACAUCUCUGUGUGAUAAAAUAAUAGAUUCAAAUUCCCUUUCAGCUCUUCAUCUAAAUUGUGAGAAAUACAGAGAUGCUGCAAAUGUGACUGAUGAGCAGGCAUCAUCUAUUGAGAUGUGCACAAGACAACAGCAUCAAUCUUCUGCUUGGUAUGCAAGUCGGACUGGAAGAAUUACUGCCUCAAACAUGCAUGCAGUCUUUGCCACCAGUAUAGAAAAGCCAGCCCUGACUGUUAUUAAAAAGGUGUGCAACCCACAACACACAGUGUCAACUGUACAAACCAGAUGGGGUAUAGAGCAUGAGAUGGAUGCUCAAAAGACCUACCUUCACACCAGAGCCCCACAUCACACUAACCUAAAAGUCGAAAAGUGUGGUUUUAUAAUUAACCCCAGGUUUCCUGAAGUUGGAGCCUCUCCUGAUGGACUUACAAUGUGCGAUUGCUGUGGGAAAGGCUGCCUUGAAGUUAAGUGUCCCUUCAAAUAUAGAUCAAGCACCAUCCAACAGGCCUUAGAAACAAAGGACAAAAACUUCUGUCUUGAGUUGUCCUAUGAAAAGCUUCAGCUUAAGAAAACACACAGUUAUUACACACAGAUGCAGACGCAAAUCUUUGUCACUGGAUCCAACCACUGUGACCUUGCUGUUUGGACUCUGAAGGACUUUGUAGUCGUACGGGUCUUUCCGGACCAGGAAUUCUGGGAUCUACGUCUACAGAAAGCACAAAAAUUCUUUGAGAAAGUUUGCCUUCCAGAGCUUAUAGCAAAAUAUUACUCAAAGAAUACACCAAAGGUACUAUAAGCUCACUUCCACAGCCAAUGUAGUCUGGGUUUUACACUGUAUAUAUUUAUAUAUGAAAUUUGUUCUCAACAUGAUUGCACUAUAUAAUAUAUAUAUAUAUUUGCCGUUUCUGAAGAUGUUUACAGAGACAUGUUUACAUUUAUCGCUGGAAAAAUUAAUCAGUUUGUUCUCAACAUGAUUGCACUGUAUACGAGAUAUGUAUUAAGUUUGUUCUCAACAUGAUUGCACUGUAUACGAGAUAUGUGUUAAGUUUGUUCUCAACAUGAUUGCACUGUAUACGAGAUAUAUAUGAAGUUUGUUCUCAACAUGAUUGCACUGUAUACAAGAUAUGAAGUUUGUUCUCAACAUGAUUGCACUGUAUAUGAUAUAAGUUUGAUCUCAACAUGAUUGCACUUUAUAUAAUAGAUAUAUAUUUGCA